AUGAUGACUACUAGUGAACAAACACCAUCGCAUGUUGGCCUUUCGAUGCCGGAACAUCCACCAACAUCGGAUGAUUUACAAUUUGUGAGUGGUGCAUUUACUCUACCACAAGAUGGUCAAUCAAAUGUAACACAAGGAUCAACUUCACAAGGAUAUGCUGGUAAAAAUGAUUUUGAAAAUCAAAUACGUCAUCGUGGUUGGCUUGGUGGUACCUUAGAUAAACAAGGUUAUGGAUGGUUACUCGAUACAACUACUGAUGAUGAUGAUUUAAGUACUGAAGAAAAUCGACCACUCUUAGAAGAAUUAGAUAUAAAUAUUAGUGAAAUUUUUGCUAAAUUACGUUGCGUUAUUUUACCAAUUCCAAGUCGAGCUUUACAACGAGCAACACUUUUACGUGAUAAUCCAGAUUUUUGGGGACCGUUACUUGUUGUUCUUUGUUUUGCUCUACUCUCAGUUUAUGGUCAAAUUCGUGUUGUCUCAUGGAUUAUAACAAUUUGGAUUUUUGGUUCACUCGGAAUUUUUACUUUAGCUCGUGUUCUUGGCGGAGAAGUCUCCUAUUCUCAAAUUGUUGGUACUAUUGGUUAUUCACUUCUUCCUUUACUUUUGGUUGCUUUUAUAAGUCCCGUAGUAAAGAAAGCACAUUUUUUGUCUGUUUUUAUAAAAUUAAUGGGUGUUGUAUGGUCAACUUAUUCUGCAGCAACAUUAUUAUGUGUUGAAGAACUUCAACAAAAGAAAACACUUCUUCUUUAUCCCAUAUUUUUACUCUACAUUUACUUUCUUUCACUCUACACUGGCGUUUAA